AUGCACCCAUAUGAAGUUAAUACCCUAGCCCUAAGACAUCAUUCUGCGUACUUACCACUUAAUGACCGCCAUGCUAACAUCCACAAAGUCCCCUAUAAGCUGAUACAAAAUAAGUCAGCAUGCUUUUUCGAAAACGUGCCUAGAGUUCUAGGCUAUACAGAAGAUAGCGUGGAAGCGCUUUUUUUCUGCAACACAGAGAAUAAUAAGAUUGUACAGGGAAGAGUUCAUUGGAUUAAGUCGGAUGAAAGAGUGAACAUUUUUCGAGGAUAUGCUUCCUUCAGAACUAUCUACGACUCCAUUCCACGUGACAUAACAAACGAGAGGAUCAAGUUUUGCAAAACUUCCGAGGAGCUACUCCUUUUAGCGAGUGACAAGUUACAGGUUUUAACGUAUAAUGAUUGUUCAAAAUUAGCUCAGGAACCUUCUCAAGCGACGAUAGGAUGUUUUUGGCCUCAUACUCCUCACAAUUUAGCCUAUUUGCUCCAUGAUGAGAAAGUGGUACUCAGCGUGAAAAAUGAAGGGGGCGUUAAAGUUGAACUAUCGCAACAACAGCUAACAAAUUUGCCGAAUGUGACCCUAGGACAUGGUAGAGGUGGGAAAACACGUUUCGAUGCCUUGGCGAGUGCGUCAAGUUAUGAUCGUGGUGAUAGGUUACUUGCCUAUUUGGCUGUUCGGGAGAAAUUUAGCCUUUUAAAUUUUUCCUCCCGAGAAUUAGAGUUAAUCAGUUUUGGUGAUACGACUGGACAAAGUCACCGCAGUAAAAUACUAUAUGCCCAGUGUCUUUUGAGGGAGGACAAUGAACGUUGGGCAGUAAUUGUACAAAGACGCGACAGAUCGAUUGAAAUGUGGGACGAUCGUCAACCCCGAUGCCCUUUCCUGAGUUUCAAAUCGACAUCUCUAACUCGGCCAGCGAUUGAGCUACCGUUGCAGUCUAUGCUAGCGCUUCAUCAAGAUCCUAAUAAAUCUGUAAAGCUCUACUCCCUCCGUACGGGGGAUCAAGUGAGCACGGUUGGUGAGCAGUUGAGGGUCGGUGAAUUUUCAAUGGCGUCCGUGGAAAUCUUUGAGCACUCUGAAUAUGAAGCUAGUUUCCUUGCAACUGCGUUGGUUGCUAGGUCGUCUCGCAAAACCAAAUUCCACCUUAAUGUACAACGGGUAGAACUCCCUCCUCCUCCUCCUCCUCCUGAAUCGGCUUCGUCCAGUAAAUCGUGA